UAACCCUUUAAGGGAUAAAAACAAAACACAACUUUAACAACCAAAACCGGGCGACCGAUUGUGUUAACUGAGCUUUUCAUACAGGAUGCCAACCGUCAUUUAUCCUAACGUAAUCAGAUCUAGGCUACUCACAUGAAACUCCAUUAAACCCCCGUCUGAAGGCCAAGCUAGACGUCUAAGUUAAAGCAUCUAACUGCAGCAGGGUGUGUUUAGACAGUCAGUUGGAGCAGCCGUAGAGGGAGGGUUGAGCCUCCAGGACCUCUAACUUUCCAGUGCACGGAGUGAAGCAUAACGGAGCACAAUGGUUCGGGGGCAGGACUGCGGGACUUUCGUCGUGCUUUUGGUAUUGUUCGCAUAUACUGAUGCAUCGAGCCAAACUGUGAACCAGGAGCUGUCGGAUGUGUUCAACCAGCUCUGGAAGUUGGAUGUGAAUCGUUUCAAGGCUGGGACAGACUAUAGGCUCUCCCCGCAGGGCAAAGCUGGUUAUAUAGCCAGUGGCAGCACCUUCGCUACAGAUCACGCCAUGGCUCCUCUCUUCUCUUAUGUCAACGAGAACAAACUCAGUUCCACCCUGACGUAUGCCCGUUUUAUGAAGCUGCUGGAUAACUAUGAGAGAUCCACCGGUGUGUCCGAGAGGGUGACUGAAGAGGAGAAAUCUGAGAAUGGUGCCUUCCUGGACGCCAUUCUGAACACAGCAGUGAUGAAGUAUACUCACCAGUAUUUAGUGCGUAAGGGCAAGUCUAACUCAGACCUGAGACAGUUCAAGGAUCAGCUGUACUACAUGUGGUUUCGUCUUUACCACAGAGACAGAAGUGGCGGGGAGGACUCCAGUGGGUUCGAGCAUGUAUUUGUUGGCGAGACCAAGUUUGGGAAUGAAAUCAUGGGCCUCCACAACUGGGUUCAGUUCUACCUCCAGGAGAAGCAGAAUCUCCUCGAUUACAAGGGCUACAAAUCCAGGAACAUGCCUAGCGCGGACGACCACAUGCUGAACGUGCAGUUCAGCUGGCACGGCCUGGUCAAGCCCGUAGGCAGCACCUUCGUCGGCGUGAGUCCCGAAUUCGAGAUGGCCGUCUUCACCAUCCUCUUCCUCACAUCCACUGUGAAGACCACCGUUGCCAUAGUGAACAUGGACAAGUACCAGAUGGAGCUGGUGGUUCACCGGCAUGGACGCUCCAUUGGGACAUCCUACCCCAAGCUGCUCAGUAUCAACAACAGACGCAUAUAGGACGUUCCGCGUCUCGCAUAUAGGGCGUCCUGCGUGUCCGCUGAACAUCUAACAGCCGUGUCGAGACCCUGUUUUGUGCAGGAUUUUUUAUUUCACUUUUGUUUUAUAUGAAACAAAAAGUAGGAAGACAUUUUUUUAAUAUUAAAAAUAUUAAAAUAAUUUUUAAAUAUUAAAAGGCAUAAUAAAAGAACAUUAACAGGGGAAGCAUAUUAAAAAUACAAAAAAAAUUUACUUUGUUAACAGACUUCAACUUUCUGGAUAUACAUUUUAGCUUCUUAUUGUAUAUGGAGAUCUUAUUUCUUCUUUUCAAAUCAUUCUCUUGUGUUUACUGGAACAUAUGUAGACAUCUUACCAUGAACAAAGCUUUUGUUUCUUGACUUUUGUUGUUCAUCAAGUUGUGUUUUUGUUUUAUUUGCCUACCUAAUGACGGUGGUGGACACAAUAAACUGGAUUUGACCUUUUUACCUUUUGCCUGGGGGAAUACGUUUCGUAUUUUCCCAUCUUGGGAUAAAGUUGGUAGUGUAAAAGAUGUAAAAAUUAAUUGUAUCAACAAAGACAAUAAUAAGAGUUACACAAUAAGUAUAGAAUUCAAAUUACAGUCAUAGAAUCAUCAUGUAGUUACUUUAAAUGACGUUUCUAGUAAACCAUCCCUUAAUAAUAUGCAUUUAUAUAGUCUAUUUCUAUAAAAUCCAGUGGGCUAAGGGGAGGAGUUCAUGAAUUUUGUUUAAUACUAAAACAUUUGCCAAAUAUUUCAAUAAAGCCUUGCGAGAGUAAUUUUGA